UGGAUAUGCCGAUGCAGACAUGUUCAUGGAGUCACGGAGAGGGAGAGAUGAUUUGUCGCCGCUAGGGACGUGAAUGGAGUCGUCGGGGAAGGAGACCUCCGUCGCUUUCUCUCUCUGAGAAGCUCCUAGGUCGGCGAGGAAGAGUCCCUUCGGCGUGAAGAUGGCUCAGUUCGCGGCUCAAGGACGCGUGAAGCUCCUCUUCAAUGGCGAAGGGGUGUCCUCCUCCUCCUCCGCACUGGAGCCGAAAGACUUGUUUUUCUGCAACAGUCUCGCGUCGGCCCAGUUUCGGCGGCACGGUCUCAGGUUUCUCCGGUCGGCUUCCGCGAGACUUAGCUGGCACCCUGCUGCCAACGAAUCUCGACGUCUCAGAGCGGAGUUCGCGCGCUCGAGCGCCGGUGCUGACAGUUUCGACUACUACGAUUACGACAGUGACGCCGAGAGCGACGACUUGGCGUGUUUCAGAGGCCUCGUCUUGGACGUCGCUUACAGGCCUGUUGAUGUAGUUAGCUGGAGACGUGCUAUUUGCUUGGAAUUCAUGGAGAAGGUCAGAGCUUUGUUAUUUGCUGAUGUGCUAGAGUAUUAUGAUCAGACUGUCGACUCCCCAAGUGGUUCAUUCUACAUACCAGCUGUUUUAAGGGUUCCUCAUCUACUGCAAGUUAUCAAGAGGAGAAUAAUCAGAACUAAUCUUAACCGUAAAAACAUAUUCUACCGAGACAGUUAUAGUUGCCAGUAUUGUUCAUCAAGUGAGAAUUUGACAAUUGAUCAUGUUCUUCCAGUUGCACGAGGUGGAGAAUGGAAAUGGCAAAAUUUGGUCACGGCUUGUGCCAGAUGCAACUCAAGGAAAGGUCAGAAAACACUGGAGGAAGCCAAUAUGAAACUGAUAACUGUCCCCAAGGCUCCAAAAGACUAUGAUAUACUAGCCAUACCCCUGACAAGUGACACAAUAAAGAUGCUGAAAAUGAGGAAGGAAAUGCCCGGAGAGUGGCUUCAAUAUCUAGCAAAGCGUUCAUCAUAGCCAUGAUUCUAUAUAUGAUGGCAAA